AUGGAAAACCCGUGGUCCCGCAACCCCCGCCCCGAAUUCAUCAAAGGCGUCGGCUGGGUCCGCAACGGCCACCGCGUCCGCAUCGACAAGCCCCACUACAACCUCAUCUGGCCGCGCGACCACCACAACGGCACCCGCCGCUCCCGCUGGAAAGACCUCCUCACCGGCCGCGGCCCUGACAUUUUCCUCUCUAUCACUGCCUCACCCGCGGCGCAGCCCGUCCCCCGCGCCCGCUGGAGCCGCUGGACCCAGUUCGAUCCUCUCUUGGACGACGCGAGCCUGCCGCCGCUGUGGCCCGCCGCGCGCUACCGGCGGCCGGGGAAGGUGUACGAUUUUCGGUCAAGGACCUACCGGUACCCGCGGGCGUAUUCGUGGAGCGAUGUGGAUGCGGAGCGGGGGAUGGUGCGGGAUGUGUGGGGGCAUUGGGGUGUGCCGGAUGCACAUGGGUGGGUGGAGGGGUUUUAG